GAAUUUGGGAGGACCAGCGAGAACAUCUCAGCACUACCCGCGUAAAAACAAAAUCAUCUAGCGACUAGUCCCACCGUGUCGUCGUCGAAAACACUCUUAUAUUACGGGACCGAGGGAGUGGAAGAAAAGAAGAGAAGGAAAACACCAAGGAAACCGAUAAGGUUUCCCCACUUCCAUUGAUCCAGAUCCAGAGAAUAGAGACAGACAAUAGAGUUAUGGGAUGACGACGCAGUGCCAACCACCACUAGUGAGUAGUGACUCGGCUGCGGCGGCGUCGAGAUGUUUCUUCCGCUUCUUGUUGCCUCCUCCGCCUGUGCAUCCACCUCCACCGGCUUCUUCUCCGGCUCCGGCUGCUCCUUCCGAGAUGCUUCUCCCGUUCCACACCACCACACCACCAGGGUAGGGUGUGAGCAAGGCGGGGUUGCGGUGUGGAUCGAGUCCCCUCCUCCUGCGCUCCGUAUCGACAUCUUCUCCGUUUCCUCGUUAUUUCCGAGAAGCGGUCACCGGCGGCCAGAACCGUCGUUGCAGCAGCAGCAGCUGACAGCUCCUACAGCUUAUCAACAAACGAUAUACGAUGCGUGGUCAUGGACAUCGAGGGCACCACCACCCCCAUCUCCUUCGUCGCCGACGUGCUUUUCCCCUACGCAUGUGCCAACGCCCGCGCCCACCUCGCCGCCACAUACCACACCCAGCAGACCCGGGAAGACAUCGCCCUCCUCCGCGCACAAAUCGACAAGGACCUGGCCGAGGGGGUCCCCGGCGCCGUCCCACUCCCACAGCCCGACGACACCGACCAAGACAAGACCAUCGACGCGCUGGUGGCCAACGUGCAGGCCAUGAUCGACGCGGACCGGAAGCUCACGGCGCUCAAGCAGCUGCAGGGCCGCGUGUGGCGGCGGGGCUUCGAGAGCGGUGAGAUCAAGGGGGAAGUCUACGACGACGUCGUCCAAGCUCUCGCGGAGUGGGACCGCAAAGGGGUUAAGAGCUACAUCUACUCCAGCGGGAGCAGGGAGGCGCAGCGGCUCAUCUUCGGCAACACCGCCGCCCACGGCGACCUCCGGCGGUAUCUCUCCGCCUUCUUCGACACCAACGUCGGAGGCAAGAAAGAGUCUCGCAGUUACUACGAGAUCUGGCAGACCCUCGGCGUCGACAGCCCGUCCCAGAUACUCUUCCUGACCGAUGUCCACCAGGAAGCCACCGCCGCAAGGGAUGCAGGUCUUGAGGUGCUAAUAUCGAUCAGGCCUGGAAACGCGCCGCUUCCUGAGGAUCACGGCUUCCAGACCAUCACGUCGUUUGCUCAAAUCGCCACCUGAAUGCCACAGCGAGCUCACCCCUGCCAUAUAUGUGCACAAGAGUAUUAUUUACGAAGGGAACCGACCUCAAAAGUUUUUUUUUUACCGUGUACACUAGAGCAGUUGACAACUCAUUAAGUUGCCAACACAAGAAUCCAAAUGAUUGUUUCAAGACCUUGUGUAAAACCAUGACUCGCUAUCAGCAGGUUUCCUAAAAGCAGACACAUGUGUGUAUUUUAUCAAAACCUGGUACUGAAAUUCGUCCA